UCCGGUCCCAUUGGUCGGACGGUGUGGGCAGAGGCUUUGUCUUUUUCACUUUUGGAGCGGCUCCGUCCUUCUGCUGCUGGAGCUCGGAGACAGAGGACCCUCUCCUCCAGAACCAACCAAACUCAAACGUUCAGCAUGUCUCUGACGGUGGCAGAUUUGGAGCGCGGAGGCAUGUCGGAGUUCCAGGAGAAGCUUCGGCGGCAGCACGAGGAGUCGAUGCACCGCGAGCUGGAGACGCUCUUAACCACCGCCGACCCCAAAGAACAGGAGAUUUCCAGGAAGGACUUCGAUGGCUUUAAGAAGUUGUUCCACCGGUUCCUUCAGGUCAAAGGUCCGGCGAUCGACUGGGCCAAAAUCAGCCGACCUCCAGAGGAUUCGAUCCAGCCGUACGAGCGGAUCCGGGACAAAGGUCUCCCCGGGGACAUCGCCGCCGCCCUGAACCGGCUCGUGGUGGUGAAGCUGAACGGAGGUCUGGGCACGAGUAUGGGCUGCAAGGGCCCCAAGAGUCUGAUCAGUGUCCGCAGUGAAAACACCUUUCUGGACCUGACUGUGCAGCAGAUAGAGCACUUGAAUAAGACGUAUAACGCGGACGUGCCUCUGGUCCUCAUGAACUCCUUCAACACCGACGAAGACACAAAGAAGAUCCUCCAGAAAUACUCGCACCACCGCGUCAAGAUCCACACCUUCAACCAGAGCCGAUAUCCACGCAUCAACAAAGAGUCCCUGCUGCCGAUCGCCAAGAGCAUGGGCCCUGACGGGGACAGCGAGGCCUGGUAUCCUCCGGGUCACGGGGACAUCUACGCCAGCUUCUCAAACUCCGGUCUCCUGGACAAACUCCUGGCCGAGGGGAAGGAGUACAUCUUCGUCUCCAACAUCGAUAACCUGGGAGCCACCGUGGACCUGUUCAUCCUGCAGCACCUGAUGAGCCAGCCCCAGGACAAACGCUGUGAGUUCAUCAUGGAGGUCACGGACAAAACCAGAGCUGAUGUCAAGUUACGCUCUAUGGCAGGGGUCGGGAACCUAUGGCUCGCGAGCCAGGUGUGGCUCUUUUGA